CAGUGGAAGUCAGCUGACAGUUGUGACCAACCAGCGGGUGUAACAUCUCAACUGAGGAGACCCCGAACGGAGAAAGAAGCCUCCCUCUGUCCACACUCACCGUAUCAGCCGCGGAGAACCGGACAGCCGUUACCCCCGACACCCGGCCACGUCUUCCCGCCUCCAGCAGGAUGAGUGUCGGGGCUCCGAGAGGCCUGGCCAGCUCGGGGCAGAAGCCCAUCGCGGAGAUCCUUCACCCGCUGUCCGCCGCCGAGGAGCCGCUCUCAGUCACCGUCAACGUCGGUGGGGACAAGGAAGCCGGGCUGACCAACGGCACGCCAGUCGACACGUCGAGUCCCGCCUCCGCAUCCUCGCUGUUCAACAGGCUGCAGCUGGACGACGACCUGGAAGCAGACGUCCGGGACCUCUACGCCUCCACAGAAACCCGCGACCUUUUUGUCACAGUUGACGACCCAAAGAAGCAUGUCUCCACCAUGGAGACCUACAUCACCUACAGAGUCUCCACCAAGACAACGCGGAUAGAGUUUGACCUGCCGGAGUACUGCGUGCGACGGCGCUACCAGGACUUUGACUGGCUGAGGACCAAGUUGGAGGACAGCCAGCCGACCCACCUCAUCCCUCCCUUGCCAGAGAAGUUCGUGAUGAAGGGCGUGGUCGAUCGUUUUUCGGAGGAGUUUGUGGAGACCAGGAUGAAAGCUCUGGACAAGUUCCUGAAGCGAGUUGCCGACCACCCCGUCCUGUCCUUCAACCCACAUCUAAACGCUUUCCUUUCUGCCAAGGACCUGAACAAGCGUCAGGGUCUGGCCCUGCUGACCAAGGUGGGCGAGUCCGUGAAGCACGUGGCCGGAGGCUACAAGCUUCGGGCGCGGCCAGCGGAGUUCUGCGCCAUGGGAGAAUACCUGGACACCUUCACCCAGAAACUGGGAACCAUCGACCGCAUCGCUCAGAGGAUCCUCAAAGAGCAGUCGGAGUACCUGACAGAGCUGCGCGAGUAUGGCACUGUAUACUCCAACUGGGCAGCCUCUGAGGAUGAGCUGCAGCGCCCCCUGGAGGGCGUGGCCGGCUGUGUGACGACGUGCUGCGGAGCGCUUGAUGAGCAGAGUGAGAACAUGAGCCAGGACUUCCUGCCAGUACUUCGAGAGUACAUCCUCUACAUAGAGUCCAUGAAGAAUGUUUUGAGGAAGCGAGACCAGACCCAGGCGGAGUAUGAGGGCCGACUUGAAGCAGCCAUAUUGCGCAAGCAGGAGGACAGAACGCCAAUGCCAGUGGAGGUAGAGAAGUGCCAGGACAAAGUGGAGUGUUUCAACGCUGACCUGAAGGCUGACUGGGAGCGCUGGCAGAGCAACAAGAGACAAGACUUCAAGCAGCUUCUUACGGGCAUGGCCGACAAAAACAUCAACCACUAUGAAAAGUGCCAGGCAGCGUGGGAGUCGCUCAUAACUCUCCUCCAGGACAAACAGACUGAGGACAAAACGAGUGAGACGAACUGAAACACCUCCUCAUGUCCCCGUCCCCCCCCGUUCUCUGUAUGACACACUCUCUCAUGCCAAGGAAAAGGACCAACCCGGGCAGCAGAUUUGAACUGCCGGACUCUGCCCCUGUUCUCCUGUGAGACGAUUGUACGGAGGGGGAGUCGUCUCGCUCAGAGAUCUGACCUGCGAAGGAGGUAACGAAUGGUGCGUUCAAGGACAGCGGGUGAAGAGGAGAGGCCUACUAUGUACAGACAUUUUGCUUUUGUUUUUGUUCUUUUGUUGUCGUUCUUAUUGACUUUUUCUACUUCAUAUUUCCAAUUAACAGUGAGUUGCCAAUGCUGCUUGUGUUUAUUUAACCACAGUCUCAGAGAGUUUUCAGUCUGUUCUCUCCAUGUUCAUGUUGAGCCAAGCGGAAGUGAAGGAUAAGUCUUUAGUAUUGCAGAAAACCAAUAAGAUAAUAAUAUUUUUGCGUGGGCGUAUGAAGUAUGAAGCAUUCAGAGCAUCCCCAAGAUCUUUUAUUCUGUGUCCCAUUGUAAAAACCUCUAACAAUGGAACACUAAAACCCCUCCACUGGAACAUUAUUAAACAUUAAAUUCUCUUUCAUCUCUUAAGGGCAUCAUAUUGGCUGUAAAUUUAAAGGACCGUACCCGUUAUUUUUGCAUGUUUCAGCCCCAUAACUUCUUAUACUUGCCAUUACUGUUAAUCAUUUCCCUAAAGUUCCUGAACUUUAGAGUUUUCCUUUUUCCCCUGCAACUGCUGUUGUGAUAAAAAAAAAAUCACUUCGUAGACACUUUGUAUUCAAAGUAAAAUAUGGAUGGAGAAAGAGCAGGUGUAGCAACAGAGCUCAGUCAAAGCCUGUAAUGAUUAUCUAAAAGGGAAACUUUGCGUUUUUGAUCCUUACAGAUAAAUAGAACUGAAGCAAAGCUGCAUUUAACAGUGAUGACACAAGCGUUCCCUUUAUCAGGGAAGUGGCUUUUGUUGGAGGUGAUUUUGUGUUUUUACACCAUGAAGCUAAGCACAGAUCCACUCAGCAGGUUUGGUUAUACGGUUGUGUUUUGAGUGCAGUGUGGCAGCACCACCCGGUGGUUAAACUGCUCAUAGUUUUCAUUCCUUUUGAAACUGGUGGUUUAACAGUGUGUUUGAUUCUCUUGAUAUCACAUGUUUUUUCUUCUUUAUUUUAUUGUUUUUACCACUGCCAUUUAUACAUGCUGUAGGGAUGUCAUGUCUCUUCUUCAAGCUUUAACUCAGUAGAGGAUGCUGAAGGGCAUACCAGGCGGAUUUAUUCAAUGAAAAGCACACAGUUGGAAUUGAAGGUGAAGACACACUGUAAUUUAUUCUCUAUAAACAAAUGACAACAAUCAGGUGUCAGCUUUUUAGUCAAGUUAGUUUAGUUUUUCCUCAGUGACAGUCAUUUAUAGAAGCUUUCUAAAAAAAACAAACGACAUUGGGAAUGUGGCAUUAUCACACCCCAUUAACAACAUUUGUGUCUUGUUUUAAGAAGAGUAAGUCUCUGACCUGAAAUAAGUUAAACGUCUUGUUGCCGCUGGUCAGCAGAGGAGCAAAGAACAUUGAGGCUUCUGGGAAAUCUCUGCUGUGCCAUGUAAACACCUGAGGAGUUGGAUAAACCGGUGCUCAAAAGCGUUUCGUGAACACUCUUCAGGUCAGAGCCAAACAUUGCAAAAACUACAUUCUGAAGUGACACACUCUUUACUUUAAAAGCUGAAGCCACUUGUUUUAAGUAAACUAUUUGGUAUGAGACUAAAUGACUCAGUAAUGUGGAACUAAUUUGCCGAUUUGUUCUGGUGAACCCUCUCAGUUUGACGACAUGACCUCGUCUGCUCACCUGUGACUCAUGGGAAACUUUUUUUAAGAAGAUGUAGUAGCACUCUAGCACAUAUAACUAAUAGCGGUUUUGCGCCACGCUUGGUUCCUCUUUUUUUGUUGUUUUGGGCUCAAAAUGUUGCGGAUGUGACCUUGCCUUAAAAGAAUAUGGAAUGUUCUGUUAUACAUCAAUGAAUAAGCUUUGCUGUACCCACUUCAUUGACUGAUUUUCUAUUCCCAAAAUGGCUUACAACCCCAGAGGAUGGAUGCAGCUUAUCGUUAUUUCCUUAAAUAUCCUGGCUAAUUUGAAUUUAAUUCCUGUGAUUCUUAUUCCCUCCGUCCUCAGCCGUACUUCUAGCUCAUUACACUCAGCAUAAAGUAGCGAGAACUCGACCAGUGAUGACCAGGGCAGACUCAGUCAGGGACAUCAUCAUCAUCAGAACCACAUUUAUAAAGACACUGAUUUCAACUUCUGUUCAUUUGUGGCAUGUUCCCAGUGUUGCAGCCUCAUAAACAUUUUCCAACAAAUGUAAUGAUAGUUUCUUUAGAGUUUCUUUAGCAUAAUUUCAUUUAUUGACAGGAUUUUUCAGAAAUAAGGUUCUGAUUUGACUAUUUCAGGUCUGAGUUCUAAGAGGCUUUGUUAAAAACAGAAAUAUCUCCAUUGUUUUAGUUGUUUUUUUGAUGUCCUUUAGUCCAAUUGUCUUUGAAUGGCCCUCACACUGCUGUCACAUUACUGAGCUUAUCCUCAGUGUAGCCAAAUGUGAGUGCUGUAAAACAGCGAUGAGAGGAAGUGACUGCUUGCAAGCUUGUUUCAGUACUUUUGUCAGUUUUUUUUUUUUUUCGUCUUUCAUGUUCUUCUCUUGAGCUUUAAAAACACGAAGCAGCUACUGUUUCUUCUUACUUACUACCAGAAGUAAAAGAGGUGACACAUGAAGAAAACUUCAUUUUUUUAAUUUAGCCAUUUUUAAUGCACCCAACAACAUGGAGAGAAGGGAGAAGCUACAGCAGGUAGUACUACGGAUGCACUGAUGCUGAACUACUGUAUUUGUACCAAAAUCAAAUCCCCCAUGAAGAGACAGAGUCAGAGGAGUUUAGAAAUCAAAACAAACCUUCUGUAUUGUUUGUUUUUUCACAUAUACUUUAGAAGAAGACCCAUAUUUUUUUAAUCUCCAAAUUACUGCUUUAAAGAACAGUUCCAUUAUAAUUAGCUAACUUUCCACAUUUUCCAUCCUUACGUUUAUUGCCACAACUUAUAUGAACAUACUCCAUAAUUAAAGAUAUUUUUAAAAAUGUUUUAUUCCAACCGCACAGGCUGAGUCACUAUUGUUCAAGUAGCAACAGCAGGAAUUCAGGAAAGGUUAAAGCUACCCUGUAGUGUUUUUGACCACUAGUAGCAGUAAAGAGCAGUGUUUUUGUGAGGGUGUCCCCAGUUUGUUUAUAUCUCAAGGAUGAGUUAGAAAAACUGAAUGUGAACAUCAAUUUGUUAGUUUACAAGAACACUCCACAGGGCACCUUUUAAACCAGGUUGUUUUAUCAGACUGUAAAGUUUUACAUUCCAAAAUCUGUUAAGCAUUUCAUCACAGCACUUGGUAACACCACAAGGCAAUUUCCACAUUUUCUUGCAACAUAAACAACCAGUAGCUAAUGUUCACUGUAACCCAAGUACAUUUUAAUACAUUGACUUAUCGAAGUAAGGAAUAGGAAAUGUAGCAAACAUGAAAAAAGUUAGGACAUAAAAAGCGACUUCACUUUAAGUUCGGUUUUAUUCUUCUGUAUCAGAUCAGUACUUAUCUGUUGUUUACAGCCGGGCACUGUGAAUUGUGGCAGUGAUUAAAAAAAUAAUAAUAAUAAUAAAACAGGCAUCGAUGCAUCUGUAGACUUUCCUGCUAUUUGAUGUAAAUUAAGUAACUACCGAUCUGAGCAUGCACAAGGGAUCAUUCAGACUUUUUGUUCUAAUGGCAAUAUACUGUAUAUUCAAUAUACCCCAAUGUACAGUUGAAUUAUGGUACAGCUAAGUCUAUUUUUGUAUAAAAGAAGCAGGAGAUCAUUUUUGGGUUCCCAAUGAGUAUGUGAAGGUUACAAUAGUAUAUUUCAGAAGGGAUUUUGGAGAUUUGUACUAACAAUGUAAACCCAAAUGAGGAAUGAAAUAAUUUAUUUUUAUUUUUUUAUGCCCAUUGGAAACCCAACAAGUUCUCUGACUAAUUUACUUCUUAUUAUUGAUAGCCAUUGUAAAAUCCCCAUCUUAUACUGUGUACCUGCUGAUUUGUUUUUGCACUAUAGCUCCACCCCCUGGCAGAAAUGUCUGCUGAAAACAUUAAACAAAAAACUAAAAUUGCUUUUUUCUGCAGUUGCCAAAAAUAACAAUAGUCGAGUUGGUUGAGACAUAUUUUACAUCUCAGUUUGGAAACUUGGUUUUGCAUCGUCUGCAAACGGGGACGAUGAUGGCCGUGACUGUUCAAGCCUGCAAAGAAGGGAGAGUCAGGGGAGAUUUUUGUUUUUCUUUAAUGUACAAAUCAAAUGUUUCUAAGCCAAAUGUUCCCAUCUUUUCCUUUUGUGUUCUUCACAUAGAUUCACACUUGAAGAGAAAAUCUGAUUUGCAGCACAGGAUAAACCUGAUCAAUCAAACCUGUAUGAAAGGUUAACGACUUAUGAACGUGUGAAUCUAGCUUCUGUCUUUUUAUUUCUGUUCCUCCCCAGUGUGGACUGUUUACGUUCAGAGUUUUUAUUGUACAUUUGGAUGUUAAUAACAUCUUGUUGUAAUUAUAAAUAAGCUUGUAUAUUGAUGUCGUUUUGAUGCAAUUUAUCUUUACCUCAAAUGAGUUUUUUGGAUAUAUUGGACCAAUAAUAAAAAGAACGAAUGCAAUUGA